AUGGCCGACCACAUAACUUCAAAGCUCAACCCAGAGACCCACCUCAUUUUGGACCAACCCCUUCUCCGUCUCCCCUUCGAGCUCCUCCGCAAAAAUUUCAAGUCCGCCCACCGCUCCGUAGAAAUGGAUUCUUCGUCCGUCAAGUCUACCCUCAAAGAGACCGCCCUCGUCUCCCAAUCUCCCUCGUCUAGCGACCCCGCCGAGAUCCUCAAGAACGUCGACUCGAUGCUCGUCCGCAUGCGUAACCUCAAGCGCAAGCUUGCUGCUGCCUCGGAAGAAGAAGCCCGCUUGCAUCAGCAGUCGGCGAGUAGGAUUAAGCAUAUAGGGGAGCUGUACGGUAUGCAGAGCUUAGAUGACGUGAAGUACGAGGAGUGGAGUCGGACGCGGCUGGACAGGUUAUUGGUAGACUAUCUGCUCAGGAAUGGGUAUAGGCAGAGCGCAGGGGCGCUGGCGAGGGAGAAGGGCAUUGAGGAGUUGGUGGAUGUGGAGACUUUUGUGCAGAUGGGGAAGAUCAGAGAAUCUCUGCUGAACGGGAGGACACAGGAAGCCUUGGCGUGGUGUCAGGAGAACAAGAAGGAUUUGCGGAGGAUGGAGAGUAGUCUCGAGUUCAUGCUCCGCUUUCAGCAGUACAUCGAGUUGGUGCGCAGUCAGGAACAGGCGAAGCUGCUGGAGAGUAUUGCGCACGCAAAAAAGUACUUACUACCCUUUCGAGAAGCAUAUCCGAAGGAGGUGCAACAAGCCUGUGGACUUCUCGCAUUUCCUCCCACGACGAGAGCAGAGGCAUAUUCCGAACUAUACUCGUUCACUCGCUGGACCACCCUCUCCAACCUCUUCGCAACAACCCACAACGCCCUGCUUUCUCUCCCCUCCGUCCCUCUCCUUCACAUUGCCCUCUCGGCCGGCCUCUCCGCCCUCAAAACCCCCUCCUGCCACUCCUCACACCACCUCCCCUCCUCCUCUUCCACCCGCCCCCAAACUCAAACCCAAUCCCAAUCCAUUUCACCCACCUCGUCCUCCUCACUAACAACAUCCGUCUGCCCCAUCUGCUCUACCGAGCUUAACGAUCUCGCCCGCAACGUACCCUACGCGCACCACACCACCAGCCACGUGGAAAGCGAUUUAGUGCUGCUGCCGAACAAUUGCGUCUAUGGACUCGAAAGGCUUGAAGAAUAUAGUCGGAAAGCAGGCUUGGAGAAGGGGUGGGUGAGGGAUUUGAGGGAAGGCGGCAGCGGGAAAUUGUACAAGGUUGAGGAUUUAAAGAAAGUGUACAUUUCAUAG